AAAGCACGAAGCAAGAAGCAAGCGUCCAGGUCCCCUCUCCAGCUCCUCCCUCCUCUGUAGGACACGAAGCUGGCUGUAGUGAGCUCUUGGACCCCUUCGAACCCCCACCUCCCACCCCCUUCGCGAAGCUCCUAGCUUCCUCUCUAGGGCUAGGACUAUAAACCUCUCCAGUCUUCCUGGAAGGUAACCAGAAGCAGCCGCCGGGAAGAGACAAGCAGCCGCAGCCGCCACUAGGCCCCGCCCAGCAGCAGCAGAGCAAGGCCGCGCCCGGGACCGCUGCAGAGCGGGGGCUUCUGAUCAGCCUUUUCCAGGUGUGCAACCCUAGCCGCCUUCGCAGCCGGAACUUUCUCCUUCCGGUCCUCUGUUAAGGGAGCAGCCAUGCCGGUAACAGUAACUCGUACAACCAUCACGACUACAACGUCAUCCUCCACCACUGUGGGGUCCGCUCGGGCGCUGACCCAGCCGCUGGGCCUCCUCCGCCUCCUGCAGCUAAUAUCCACCUGUGUGGCUUUCUCGCUGGUGGCCAGUGUGGGUGCCUGGACAGGGCCCAUGGGUAACUGGGCCAUGUUCACCUGGUGUUUCUGCUUUGCUGUUACCCUCAUCAUCCUGAUUGUGGAGUUAGGUGGACUCCAGGCCCACUUCCCCCUGUCAUGGCGAAACUUCCCCAUCACCUUUGCCUGCUACGCGGCCCUCUUCUGCCUGUCGUCUUCCAUCAUCUAUCCCACCACCUAUGUGCAGUUCCUAGCUCAUGGACGUACCCGGGACCAUGCCAUCGCUGCCACCACUUUCUCCUGCGUUGCCUGUUUGGCGUAUGCCACUGAAGUGGCCUGGACCCGUGCAAGGCCCGGUGAGAUCACUGGCUAUAUGGCUACCGUGCCAGGGCUGCUCAAAGUUUUUGAGACCUUCGUAGCCUGUAUCAUCUUUGCCUUCAUCAGUGAGCCGCUCCUGUAUAAUCAGAAGCCAGCCCUGGAGUGGUGUGUGGCAGUCUAUGCCAUCUGCUUCAUACUAGCAGGGGUGACCAUCCUGCUCAACCUGGGGGAUUGUACCAACGUGUUGCCCAUCCCUUUCCCCACCUUCCUCUCAGGCUUGGCCUUACUCUCUGUUCUCUUUUACGCCACUGCCAUCGUCCUCUGGCCCCUCUACCAAUUUGAUCAGAGAUAUCAGGGCCAACCCCGCCGUUCAAUGGAUCCAAGCUGCACUCGUAGUAUUAGUUAUAUACAACCCAACACGGUGUGUUUCUGGGACCGACGACUGGCGGUGUCCAUCCUGACAGGUAUCAACCUGCUGGCAUAUGUGUCUGAUCUGGUGUACUCCACUCGUCUGGUGUUCGUCAAGGUCUGAGAUUGACAAGGGGCUCCCUUCCCCAUCUCUCCUUGCAGCCUCUUCAACCAGUUGAUUACCCAGGUGAUUGGUACCAUCCUGUUUUCUCAUCUCCCUCCCAUUUCCUCUUCCCUGUUAGAUAUGUAUAGUCUUCCUUAUUCCCCGUUUGCCUUUUCUAUCUCUUUCUUACCUUUCCUCUUCUGGUAUGCCUGUUUUACCCUUGAGCUGUGGCUCCACAGUUUGCCUCGUUCAUUUUUUUUCUAUCUCUAUAGUCUUUCCUGUGGGUUUUAUCACCUGCUUAUUUUCUUGGGAGCCCUAAGAAAUCUUGCUUUCUUUCCCUCACCCCUCAAAGGUGCUGGCCCCACACAUCCCACACUCCUUUACAGUUACCCACACUCUUUUGCAGUUCUUUACUCCAAGGGUCUCUUUAGGGGCCUCAUUGCCAAAGCAUGCCUGCCUGCCUGCCUGCCUUAGCUGUGCCUUAGUCUGUGUGUGUGUGUGUGUGUGUGUGUGUGUGUGUGUGUGUGUGUGUGUGUGUUAAGGGGAUUGGGAAGCAGGCCAUAUAAUGUACCUCUCCUUUAAAUUCAAAACAAAGCAAACAAAAUCCUGGAGGUCAGCAAUUCCCGGUGGCCAGAAGUCAGCAUUAUGCAGUCUCUGCCUCUACUUGUCACUCAACGUUGCACCAAAUUGGCUCUAGAUUUUUUUUACCAGGCUUACUGAAAGCCCACCACCUAGAGGAUAGAUACCCUAGAUGAAGCAAUGGAUGGGCACCUUUUCCUAAACGAUUCUCUGUGCUAUUUAAACAAACCCAACAAAAAUAUCCACAUGGUAUCUCUCUCUGUGUCUCUGUCCCUCCCCCCACCCCCAGGGUUUCUCUGUGUAGCCUUGGCUGUCCUGAAUUUGCUCUGUAGACGAGGCUGCCCUCUAACUCAAGAUAUCUGCCUGCUUAUGCCUCCCUGGUGCUGGGCUUAAGGGUGUGUGCCAUCACUGCCAGGCCACCCAUAUGGUCUUAAGACAACUCUGAAGUAUUUCUGAGCGUCAGUAAUGGCUGCUCGCUUAUCUCAGUGUUAAAAAUAACAAGGUCUGCUUUAGCAGGAAUGAGAAGAGAAGGAGCCUUUGCCGGCCUUAAAGGCAUUAAGAUCAUUAAGCUCAUCUUUUCCUUUUCUGAACACAAACAAAGCAAUCAACUAAAAAGCCCUUUUUUUUUUUUUAAUAGCUUUAGAGAUUUUCUUAAUGUGGCCCAUUCUGGUCUCAAACAUAAUUGUGUAGGUGAGGCUUCCAUUGAACCCUUGUCUUUCUGGCUCCACCUUCUGGGUGCUGAGAGUACAGAUAUACCACCAUACCCUCGUUGUGUAGCCCCGUUAAAGAGAGAAGGUCCUUAGACAUCUUUUCUUGGGCUACAGGGUAGGUUUGGGAGUAACAGGAUUGGAAUGGCUUGUGUGUGCUGUACAUGAACCCGGGUCCUCUCAUGUGCUGCUUGCUUCUUGCUGCUGCUUUCUGCUUCUUUGACAUUACUAGGUAUAUAUGGAUAAAUAAAUGUAUAAAUAUAUAUAUAUAUAUUUUAAUUUUCUGGAGCUUUGGGUUCCUGUAGCUCCUGCUGUCAGUCACCCUUUCCCACCCCUCACAUCCAUAAUGUUCUUUUUUUAAAAAACAAAAACAAAAAAAACCCUCAAUAUAAUGAUAA